AAAGCCAACGGUAUGACUAGGACGAGCUCGGGUCGUCAAGAGCCAUUCGAAUCCAGUAUUAGUGCGGUGCAGAGUGUAACAAGGUGCUUCUCAACGCUCAUACAUAUUAUAUUACCCAACAAAUUGUCCUAUUGUCAAUAUUUAUUCGAUAUACCUAGUGUAUAAACAAACAUGCCUUUCAAGCCAGUAGAGCACCCAAAAUGCCCCAAGUGCGGCAAGUCAGUUUAUGCCGCUGAGGAACGCGUUGCUGGAGGUCUCAAGUGGCACAAAAUGUGCUUCAAGUGUGGACUCUGCAGCAAACUUCUCGACUCGACAAACUGCUCUGAGCACGAGGGUGAGCUGUUCUGCAAAGUCUGCCACGCCCGGAAAUUCGGCCCCAAGGGUUACGGUUUUGGUGGUGGCGCAGGCUGCCUGUCCAUGGACCAGGGCGAGCACCUGCAGAGAGAUGGAGAAUAUAGAGGAUCCAACGCAGUUAUGGAGCCCCGUGCAAUCGCCAAGGCACCCGAUGGCGAGGGUUGCCCAAGAUGCGGUGGUUACGUCUACGCCGCUGAGCAGAUGUUAGCAAGAGGCAGAGGCUACCAUAAGGCAUGCUUCAAGUGCAAAAUAUGUGGCCGGAGCCUGGACUCAACGCUCCAUUGCGAUGGUCCUGAUGGCGAUGUAUACUGCCGAGCUUGCUACCCGAAGCAAUUCGGUCCGCGAGGCAUUGGUCAUGCUGGAGUUUUGUGGAUCGGCCUGCAGAGCGACAUUGAGGACAACGGCGAUGCAGCUCCAAAGACAACGGUGAUCGAUACGGCAGCUAUCCAGGCACCCCCUGGCAAGGGUUGUCCCCGAUGCGGGGGAGUUGUCUUCGCCGCUGAGCAAGUGCUCGCUAAAAGCCGUGAAUGGCACAGAAAGUGCUUCAAGUGUCGCGAUUGCACCAAAACACUUGACUCGAUAAUAGCGUGCGAUGGACCGGACAAAGAUGUCUACUGCAAGACCUGUUACGGAAAGAAAUGGGGUCCCCAUGGUUACGGUUUCGCUUGUGGCUCUGGAUUCCUCCAGACCGAUGGACUCACGGAAGAUCAAAUAUCGCAGUCGAGACCCUUCUACAAUCCCGAUACGACGUCCAUAAAGGCACCGGCUGGCCAGGGCUGCCCUCGCUGCGGUGGAAUGGUAUUUGCUGCUGAACAACAACUUGCCAAAGGCACAAUGUGGCACAAAAAGUGCUUCAACUGCGCCGAAUGCCAUCGGCCACUUGAUUCAAUGCUCGCCUGCGAUGGACCCGACAAGGAGAUCCACUGUCGCGCCUGCUACGGAAAACUUUUUGGACCCAAAGGCUUUGGAUUUGGACACACCCCAACUCUUGUCUCUACCGAUAGCGAGCACGCACCAUCUUAUAUUGAUUCUAAACCCCAAGUUGGUGCAAGAAGCACAGACGGACACGGUUGCGCCCGUUGUGGUUACCCAGUAUACGCUGCCGAGCAGAUGAUCUCGAAGGACCGAUUAUGGCACAAGCGUUGCUUCAGCUGUGGCUCCUGUCACCGUUCCCUUGACUCGACGAAUCUCAAUGAUGCACCCGACGGUGAUAUUUAUUGUCGCGGUUGUUACGGAAGAAAUUUUGGGCCACGUGGCGUUGGUUUUGGCCUUGGAGCCGGUACCCUAUCGAUGGCUUAGAUAUUCCCAACAAAAUAAAUCUCUCCAUUCAUCCUCUUUAAUCCUCUAAUCCCAUAGCCCUUCCUCUUAAUUUCAUCAUUUAACACCCUUUCUUUUACUUUUCUUGUUGAGUUUGAGUGAAAGAAUCUACCACGUGGGACGUAGACAUCGAUGAACGAAAUAAAUUCGUUUAAUGAACUCGCUGUGCACCGUGGAUUCGAGAGCGAGACGAAUUUAAUGCGAAUCGAUUUAAGGAAAAAAAUAACGUAAAGAUUUCAUCUUAAGUUAUCGUAUGAAUCAUUAUCUUUAUCAAUUAAGAUUUAAUUUACGAAAUGAUAAUACAGGUGAUGUCAUUCUGUUCCAGUGAGAGAUGAUAAAACUCUCACUGGGACAGGUUGAUGACAACUUGUUAAUAAGAAGCACGAACGAAACGCCUAAAUGAAGGAGGUAACGAUCAUAUUAUUUUUUACAACUGUCAACAAACACUGGUCAUCUCAUCUGAGUUAACGAGCUGUCUGCAAUGUUUCUUGCUCUAUUGCUGGAUGAAAUUAUUUUAUUACAUCUAGUAGAACAUUGUCGCUGCUCAGUCGGAUGCUGACACCAACGAAUCAAUAACUACGCUCCAUUGUCAUCAGGGAGGGGCGAACAAUCGUGUAACAACGACAAUGAUGAUAGAUUAUUUUCAAUAAAUAUCGUUAAAAACAAAAA